CAGUUAUGGCGGCGGUCAGUAAGUACCUGACUGCCAAGCAAUGUUCCUUGGCAGGUGCAGCAGUUAUUGCUUACUUUCUGUGUAAGCGGCGACUAGGACAAGGACAUUCUCAAACGCUUUACAGCAGAAAGGGGGAGGCAGUUGGAAAAAGUGAGAAGAAUGGGCCCACCGAGAGAGCAGCCGUCGACAAAGUGUUCUUCACUCGUAUGUUACGGCUUAUUAAAAUACUUGUGCCUCAGCCGUUUUGCAAAGAGGUGGGAUAUCUCCUGUUCAUUGCUGCAUUGCUCGUGGCAAGGACGUUCUGUGAUGUUUGGAUGAUCCAUAAUGGAACCAUGAUUGAGAGUGCAAUAAUUGGACGCUCAAGUGAAGCCUUCAAGAGAUACUUAUUGAACUUUGCCACUGCUAUGCCUGCCAUAUCACUGGUAAAUAACUUUCUUAAACUGGGACUGAACCAGUUAAAGCUCUGCUUCCGCGUGAGGCUCACCCAUCACCUUUAUGAUGAGUACUUGAAGGGCUACACAUACUACAAAAUUGGCAACCUAGACAACCGCAUCGCCAACCCUGACCAGCUUCUAACCCAGGAUGUGGAGAAGUUCAGCAAUAGCGUAGUGGACCUAUACUCCAACAUCAGUAAGCCUCUCCUAGAUAUCUGCAUAUAUGUCCUAAAGCUGGCAUCCGCAAUUGGAUUUCAGGGUCCACUCUACAUGCUCAGCUACCUCGUUCUCUCUGGCCUACUACUCACCCGCAUGCGUCGCCCUGCCAGUCACAUGACCGUCACGGAGCAAACCUUCGAGGGGGAGUACCGUUAUGUGAACUCUCGCCUCAUCACUAACAGUGAGGAGAUUGCUUUCUACAAUGGCAAUGUCAGAGAGAAGGAGAUCAUCCAGACCACUUUCCAGAAGUUGGUCAGCCAUUUGCACAGCUUCAUUUAUUUCCGCUUUUCAAUGGGAUUUGUGGACAGCAUAAUUGCCAAGUACAUCGCCAUGGUGGUGGGCUACCUGGUGGUCAGUAGACCAUUCCUGGACCUCUCCAAUCCUCGCCAUCGUCACAGCACACACUCUCAACUGCUGGAGGACUACUACCAGAGUGGACGGAUGCUGAUCAGCCUGGCUCAGGCUCUGGGCAGGAUGGUGCUCGCAGGCAGGGAGAUGACCCGACUAUCUGGUUUCACAGCACGCAUCACUCAGAUCCAGAAAGUUCUGAAAGAUCUGAACCAGGGCAGAUACGAGCGCACCAUGGUCUCCCAGCAGGCCAGAGAGACUGGAGAAGCCGACAGAAUCUCACUGGUUCCUGGAAGUGGGACCAUCGUACACUCUGACCACAUCAUCAGGUUCGAACACAUUCCAUUAGCAACCCCUAAUGGAGAUGUCCUCAUCAGAGAUCUUUCCUUUGAGGUUACCUCGGGCACUAAUGUACUCGUAUGUGGACCUAACGGCAGUGGGAAGAGCUCUCUAUUCAGGGUUCUGGGAGAGCUCUGGCCUCUGUUUGGGGGCUGUCUGACCAAGCCCGAGAGGGGGAAGCUGUUCUACGUCCCUCAGAGGCCCUACAUGACGCUGGGGACUCUGCGGGACCAGGUGAUCUACCCUGACACAGUGCAUCAGCAGAGGCAGAAGGGCAUCUCCGAUCAGGUCCUGAAGGAGUACCUGGCUGCAGUGCAGUUGGAGCACAUUCUCCAGAGAGAAGGGGGCUGGGACACCCAACAGGACUGGAUGGACAUCUUGAGUGGAGGAGAGAAGCAGAGGAUGGCCAUGGCCCGUCUAUUCUACCACAAGCCCCAGUUUGCCAUCCUGGACGAGUGCACCAGCGCAGUGAGCGUGGACGUUGAAGACUACAUCUACACACACUGCAAAAAUGUGGGCAUUACUCUCUUCACAGUCUCUCAUAGGAAAUCCUUGUGGAAACACCACAAGUACUACCUGCACAUUGACGGGAGAGGGGGCUAUGAAUUCAAGCCAAUCACAGAGGAGACCGUGCAGUUCGGUUCCUGACAUCGCCUGGUGAAGGCCCAUAUUUAGAGGACUGCAGAAGAACUUCUACCCAUCCAUGCGUUUAGCAAAUCAAGGUUUUAAAUGACCUGUACUUUAUCUGUACUGAAGUAUUUUAUUACUGUUUAGGAAGUGAUUCAUGUGUGCCUGCUGAAACAUAUUGGUAAACUUGGAAAUGUAAAAAACGCCUUUACUGAUGAUUAGGGACACAAAUGUGAUUACUGAAACCUUUAGGCAAAGUGGUGAAUAACGCCUUAUCAAAUGGACUUGUUAGUAUGUUGAUCUUUUUUAAGUUAUGUUUUUAUAAAAGGAUCAGUGCACCUGUUAAUGGACAGAUGAUACAGAAGCUGUAAAGAUGAUUCUAAGUAUUUAAUGUAUAUGAAUAUAUGUAUAUAAUGUUA